AUGGUUUCCAAGGCGCUGCUGUUGGGUAGCAUCGCCAGCUUGGCCGUCGCCCAAUUCCCCCCGCCCCUCACAGGCGUCAAGACUCUCAAGUCUAAAUUUCAUGAAAACGUGACCAUUUCGUACAAGGAGCCUGGCCUCUGUGAGACUACUCCCGGCGUCAAGUCCUACGCUGGCCACGUCCGCCUCCCGGCCAGUCUCUUGCAGGACAUCCACGGAAUCGAGCAUGAUUACGACACCAACACCUUCUUCUGGUUCUUCGAGGCUCGUCACGACCCCCAGAAUGCGCCCCUCGCCAUCUGGCUCAAUGGCGGCCCCGGCUCGUCCUCGAUGAUGGGCCUGCUGCAGGAGAACGGCCCCUGCUUCAUCAACGCCGACUCGGCCACCGUCCGGAACAACCCGUGGAGCUGGAACAACCACGUCAACAUGCUGUACAUUGACGAGCCCAACCAGGUCGGCUUCUCCUACGACACGCCCACCAACAUCACCAUCCACUUCGGCGCCGACGGCGACGACGUCCGAACGGCGACCGACUUCUCCCGCGUCGCCGUGCCCGAGGUCAACGCGACCACGCGCGUCGGCACCGUGUCCAGCGGCGACGGCCGCCACACGGUCAACACCACGGCGCAGGCGGCGCACGCGCUCUGGCACUUUGCCCAGGCCUUCUUCUGGGAGUUCCCACACUACAAGCCCAACGACGAUCGCAUCAGCGUGUGGGCUGAGAGCUACGGCGGCCACUACGGGCCUGGCUUCACGCGCUUCUUCCAGGAGCAGAACGAGCGCAUCCUCAACGGCACGCUGGACGACAAGACGGCGCACUACAUGCACCUGGACACGCUGGGCAUCAUCAACGGCGUCAUCGACACGGCGCACCGCGAGGAGGCGGGCAUCAUCUUUCCGUUCAACAAUACCUACGGCAUCAAAGCCUACACGCAGGAGCACUACGACGAGCUCAUGCACAACUUCACCAAGCCCGGCGGCUGCCGCGACCAGAUUCGGCACUGCGAGAAGGUUCUCGCCGACCGCGACCGCGUGACGGUCCAGGACGAGCUCGACGACGGCAGCGGGUGGGACGCCAUCUGCGGCAUCGAGCCCUCAUGCGAGUCGCCCAGCGAGGAGGCCUUCUCCGCCGUCGACCGCGGCCGCUUCGACAUCACCCACCGCAAGCAGGACCCGUUCCCUCCGCCGCACAUCCACGGGUGGCUCUCGCGCGCCGACGUGCUCUCCGCGCUCGGCUCGCCCGUCAACUUCACCUCGACCUCGCGCGCCGUCUCGCGCAACUUUGGCAUCUCCGCGGACCACCUGCGCGGCGGCUUCGUCGACGCGCUCGGCUACCUGCUGGACGCCGCGGGCGUCAAGGUGCACCUGGUGUACGGCGACCGCGACUUUGCGUGCAACUGGAUCGGCGGCGAGAUGUCCUCGCUGGCGGUCGACUUCAAGGGCAGCGACAGGUUCGCGAAGGCGGGCUACGCGGAGAUGGUCACGACGGACGGCGUGGGCGGGCUGACGCGGCAGGUGGGCAACUUUUCCUUCACACGCGUGUUCCAGGCGGGCCACAUGAUCCCGUCGUACCAGCCGGUGCACGCGUACGAGAUCUUCAUGCGGGCCAUGUUCGGCAAGGACAUCGCGACGGGGCGCAAGGAAGUGACGGAGGACCUGGUGACGGAGGGACCGAGCCAUACAUGGGGGCACAAGACGGAGCUGCUCCCGGGGCCGGCGCCGCGAUGCUACGUGCUGGAUCUGGGUACGUGCACGGAGGAGCAGUGGGCCAAGGUGUAUGCUGGGGCACUGGUCAAGGACUAUUUCCUUGUCGAGGAGGAAGAGGAGGAGUUUGAGUCGGUUGAGCUGUAA